GUCGAACUAGAAUAAUAUGAAAAUUGAAUAUGGCGGACAAAAAUAACAAGGGCGCUAAAAGAUUAUUUUCGUCAACAGUUAGAUUUAUAAAAGUGUGAAUGAUUGAGAAACUACUGUUUAUUUGUCAUAAAACAUAUUUGUUAAUGUAUUUAAUAAGUUAGAGGGAACAAUGUCGACGAUUAAAGUUAAUUUUGAAAUAGGGCAUGAGGCUUCAAUGAAGUCAAAGAAAACUCCAGAGGGAUUUACUCAUGAUUGGGAAGUAUUUGUACGCGGUCAGGAGGGAGCUGAUAUCAGUCACUUUGUUGACAAAGUUGUUUUUCACCUACACGAAACAUUUCCAAAGCCAAGAAGAGUUGUGAAGGAGCCCCCUUUUUCUAUAAAAGAGUCAGGAUAUGCUGGAUUUAUAUUUCCUAUUGAAAUCUAUUUAAAAAAUAAGGAUGAACCCAAGAAAAUAAAAUUUACAUAUGACUUGACCUUGCAACAAAGUGGCUUUCUCAAAGAUCGUUAUGUCUUUCAAAAUCCUAAUGAUGAGUUUAGAAGAAAACUCAUAAAGGGCGGAGGAAUACUUGUGAGUAACAAUGCAUUUUAUACUAAUCCUGAUCAGGAAAGUAGAAGUAGAGAUUCAUUUACUGAUGAAAAAUCACAACUUGUUAGUAAACCUAAGCUUUCAUCAGAUAAUGUCAAAAAACACAAGAUUAAGGAAUUCAAAGAGGAAAUUCCUCUUAAGACUAGUAGUUUUGAAACACUUUUUGGACCUCCUAUACAAAAACCUCCAAAAGUUUCACCGGAUCCAAAAAAAAUGGAAAAAAAUACUCCAGUUGUUAAGUCUGAAAAGAAAGAAAAAGAAAGAUCAAGUUCAGAUAAAAAAUCUAAGCAUGAGCACAAAGAAGCUAAACCUGAAAAAAUUAGGAUAAAGGAAGAGAGAGAUAAACAAAAAAUGGAAAAAAUAAAAAAUCACAGUAGGGAACAAGAGAGAUCUAAAGAAAAAGCAAGUAAAAGAAUGAGUGAGAAGCCGCCAUCACCUGAACUAGCCAAGAAAAAGUGUCUUAGUCCAAAUAGAAAAGUUCCUAGCCCUGCACCACGUUCUAGUAGUGCUUCAAGUAUUAAAGAUGAAUACAAAACACAAAAACAUAAUUCUGAGAAUUUUGAACAGAAAAAGCAAAAAUUAGAUGAAAGGAUUGAUGUCAAACCCGAGAAGGAAUCAAAGGAAAAAAAGAAAAAAGAGAAAAAGAGCCAUGAUAAGGACAAAGAGAGAAAAGAGAAAAAAGAACAUAGGAAAGAGAGUCAUAAAAAUAAAGAAUCCCCACCUGAACAGCAAAAAGAGGUUGUUAAAGAAAUACCAAAAGCUAGGGAAAUACUUAAGGAAAAGGAGGUUUCAAAAGAAUCACCAGUAAAAGAAAGGCCAUCAAAACCAGAAAAACCUAUUAAUAAAUUUUCUAUAGAAAACUUGAGAAAAACUCCACCACCAGAUGUGGAAGAGCGGUCAGAAUCACACAAAACAAAAGAAAAGGGUGACUCUGAAAGAAAACACAAACAUAAGAAAAAAGAUAAAAAACGUGAUGAGUCAAAGGAAAAGCACAAAGAAACCAAGGAGAAAAAACACAAACAUGAGAAAUCACGCGAAACACCACAAGAACACAAAGUAGAAAUAAUAGAACAAAGAGAAACACCAAUUCCUAAAGAACGCCACAUACCUGAACUAGCAUCACCCAUAUCAAUAGAUACUGCAUCACAAUGUAGCUCUAAAAGUGGAUUGGCAAAAACUGUCCAUAUAGGAGCAGAAGACGUAAAUAGUAGUCAUUCAGAUUCUGAGGGGUCUAUUAUACAUGAUGACGAAGAUCUUAAAGUAAAAACGGAACAAGCAUCACCAGAGCCAGUUGUAAAGCGUGAACCAACACCUGAGCCAGAGCCAGAACCUGAUCCCGAACCUGAAAUCAUACCUGAACCAGUAGUUGAUACUCCUCCAGUACAGCAAAAACCCAAGAAACACAAAGAUAAAUCCUCUAAAAAAGAAGAAAAAAGGCGCAAAAGAAAAGCUGCUGAAGAAGAAAUAGAAAAUCGUAAAGUAGCAAAACCUGCAGAUUCUGGUCCAUCAAAUAAUGAAACAGACUGUGGUGAGAGUAGUGCAUCAACAUCCAUGGAAACUAAAGUACAAGAUAAUGGGGUCUCAAGUAGUUUAGGGGAGGAUGCAGAACCAGGAGAUUUAUCUCCAGAUUAUAUGGUUCAAUUAAGAGGCCUGCAACAACGCAUAAUGAUGAUUAAAAAUAAUGAAGAUCUCGAAAGGGUUGUGAAUUUAAUUGCAGAAACAGGCAGAUAUGAAGUGACUACUCAAACUUUUGAUUUUGAUCUGUGUUUGUUAGAUAGGUCAACUGUCCAACAGCUCAUUCAACUUGUUGGCUGUUAGCAUAUUUUAAUAAGCACUGAUGUUAUGAAAUUGUACAGUUAUUUAUAAGAAUCAUACAGGCAGGUAUAGAAUGUAUUAUCAAACUAUUGCUGCUGUCUGCAAAGCUAAGUUAUAGAAUAAUAAUAUAUUAUUUAAGUUAAGAAUAAUCUCAAUCAUCAUAUAUACUUAAUGAAAUAACCCAUUUGAGGAGUUUUAAGUGCAAUACUGUAUAGGCAUGUAAAGAUAUAAGACUGUUGAAAGAUUGUUAAAGAACCUAUUGUAUAUUUUGUACAUUAUUGUAUUGAUUUAAUAUAUAAGUUUAAACUCAAAUUAAUCCUCCAUGGUCACAGAGAUCAUAUGAGGCUAUGUAAACGUUAUUGCAUGGAUAAGUGAGAUGUGAUUAGUUUUCAAAUAUGGCAUAAAAUAGACAUGCUUAGCUGCAAACUUUUGUUUGUUCACAACUUUUACCAUGUUUUUAUUGUUUUACUAAUAUAUUUCACAGAAAUCUUAAUUAUUGGCACUUUUAUUUUACACAAUACUAAUGAUAAGGAAUGUGAUAAAUCUGAUACAGUGCUUACAGAUUCUUUUUAAAUUUAAAUACUGCCUUUGGUUCCGAGUUUGUUACAUAAUUUAUUUUAUUUAUCAUUUAUUAA